CUGGGAUAUUCCGUCAUCUUUCUGCAACUUGCUAUCGCAAGCAAGAAGCUAGCUUUCUUCUUCAUUUUCUUAAAAAUAAACAAAAAUGUCAAGCUCGAAAAAGGCGAAAAAACUUGUUAACCAAGAGGAGCUUCGGCGCUUAAUGCGAGAGAAACAAAGACAAAGCAACGAGCGGAAGCGCGUGGAGUCUCCUUUCGCUAAGUACAACAGUCUGGGCCACCUGAGCUGUGUGCUGUGCAGCGUUCAGGUGAAGUCCGAGCUGCUGUGGCCGGCUCAUGUCCUGGGAAAACAGCACAAAGAAAAAGUUUCCGAGCUGAAUGAGUCGAAGCAAACACCGCACGGUGAAGCGGAGAAGAGGAAAGCAGCAGCAUCUGGGGCGGGAAGCGAGGAUGUCGGCGGAAAAAAGGCUAAACUAGCGAUGAGCGCAGGAGCUGCUCCUGGUCUCAGUCUGUUAGCCGGAAUCUACGACGACGAUGAGGAUGAAGGAGAACAGACAAGAUCCUCUGAUCCGCCUAAAGACGGCGCUGGGGUCGGGGACUUGCCGGCUGACUUCUUUGACAGCUCCGUCCCGUCCGCCUCCCGGUCCGUUCUGCAAGCAGACGCCCCGGAAAAAAGCCCUGAAAAGAAGGCGAACACCGCCGAGGCGCUACCCGAGGGCUUCUUCGACGAUCCGGUACGAGACGCCAAAGUGCGCAACGUGGACGCGCCUAAAGACCAGCUGGACAAGGAGUGGGAAGAGUUCCAGAAGGAAAUCCGACAGGUGAACACCAAGUCCGACGCCAUCGUGGCCGAAGAGGACGAGGAGGGUCGACUGGAGCGUCAGAUUGACGAGAUCGAUGAGCAGAUCGAGUGCUACAAGCGAGUGGAAUUACUUCGAGACAAGCGGGACCUGGUGAAGCGCAAAGACAGGAAGGAGCAGGAAGAGCCCAUGGAGACUGAUGCAGAAGGCGUGGAGGAGCAAGAGGAGGACGAGGAGGAGCUGCUGAGUCUUCUGUCCCGAGACUGGAGGGCUAAAGGAGCACUGGCCUGAAUUGUUAAACAUGUAUCCAGAAUAUCUACUAAAGGAUUUUUUUUGUACAAUCCUGUGAGGAAAUACCUGUAAAUGUGUCUGAUAAAAAAAAAUCCUGUUUUAGAAAGUAUUACACUUCUUUUCCGAAUGAAACUGUAAAUAUGCAUUGAAACAACAGUCACACAAUAAUUAACAUCAUAAAUGUUUAUUUACUGGUUCUCACACAAAAAAAUAACCAAACUUUCCAGCAUAGCAGCAUGGACCCAUAAAUGUACAGAAACAUCUAAAUGUGUGUUUUAAAAUGAAUUUCAUUGUUUUGCAAAACAAGUAUCUGACUUCAAUUGAUAACUUGCUCAUGUUACACUAUAAGCAACAUGCACUGCACAGCAAAAUAUAAAAAAAAUAAUCUUGAGUUUAACACAGCACAUUUAUCAUAUUUACAGAUAGCUUUGGACUCCACAUUAGAGCCUUUUUAUGUAUUUAUUUUAGCUGAGUAUAGCAGAUUAUAUACAGAGAUCCAUAAGUACUUGGACAACACCGGGGCAUUUUUGUCAUUUUGCCUCAAUAGAGUUGGAAAGGUCACAAUGUGUCAUGUAGCAUUUUAACUUUCAUGUAACUGGUUUAACAAAAAUAUUUUAAUUAACCACAUAGGAAUUACAGCCACCCUGUUUUCAGAGACUGUAACUUGAACAAAUUAAAUGUUAGGAUUAUUGAGAAUACAAGACUUUGGAUUUACAGCCAGUCUUCUUUAGAUGAGUCGGAUAGGCAGGUCUCAAAAACUGCAAGAAGAUGAAUGUGGGAAGCCACCAAGACACCCAUGACCACUUUGAAACAGAUUUACAGGCUUCAGUGGGUGUGACUGCAGAAACUAUAGAGUGUUUCAGCGUCCCAUCAUCUCCUGCACACCCAGAGGGGUUCCAGCUCGACUCGCCGUUGUAAAUAAGGAAGAUGAUGUCACUGCUCAUCAUGCACAGGGAAAAGAAACAAGCCAUGAAAUGUCACCAAAGGCAUUCAAAUAUAAGUUAAUGUGUACUAACAUAUAUAUAUAUAUCUUUCAAAUCCAAGGACGAUUCACAUCCAGAUCCUUAAUUUCCCAAUAACUGAGGAAACAAUCUCUGUAUGACGCCAUGUUAGCACGCAACCGUAAUCACUCCAUGUGCAGCAAGUAAGUAAGUCCCUUCAGCUGCUCACUUGUUUACACUUGGGGUCGCCACAGUAGAGUCAAGGUGGAUCUGCAUGUUGAACUGGCAUAAGUUUUACGCUGGACGUCCUUCCUGAAGCAACUCUACAUUACAUGGAGAAAUGUGGCAGGAGUGGGAUUUGAACUGGGAACCUUCCUCACUGAAACCAAGUGCACCAACCACUUGGCCACCACCCAAAUUUCACAGCCGAUGACACAUUUACAUUCAGAACUUGGCUAAUGAAACCACUCACUCAUAGAAUCAGAAAUCGUUUACAGCUGCAGGUUGUGUCGUCCGCGUUGCGUGGUGGAGAAUGCAUUGGGAAUCCUCUCAAAGGUAAUUAUUUAUAUAUAUUGUAAUGGAUUGAUGAGCUGCGCUGCACUGAACGUUAGCUCAGCUCACAGACAUUCUCUGGAUCAACUGGUGAUUGCAGCUGGAGUAGAUCGGGUCCGUAUAACUUCCAACACUAAGAUUUUGGAAUGUGCACGUGUCAGGGGAAACUUCAUACUUUCCUCACAUACUUUAAUGUAAAUUAAUUUUAAUGGAUCGAUAUCCAGGUCAGAACAGUAUUUUGCAAGCUUUUUUCCUCGUGUGUUCACUCACAUUGAAAAUGCUUAUGAAAACGUCACAUCUGGGCACUUUGUCAAUAUUUUGCCCAGUUACAAAGUGGCAUGCUGCGCUCCAUGAAGGGACAUUAACAUUUAGUAGGCAGCUUUGGGAGAGCACCCUCUUGUACUUCUAUACGGCUCUGUGCAGGGGAGCCUGAAGUCAUCUAUUGUCCAACUUCUGUCUGAUGCACCACAAGUCACACCGGAGUGGAACACAAGAAAACAGCUCAAAUGUAGGCCCAAGUCUCCCAAGUGCGUUCUGGGAAAACUAGCUGAAAUUUCAGUAUUUUUAAGAAAAUUCUUUGCACAGUUCCACCACGAAGGUAUAUAACCAGUGUUCCAACAAAGCUGUAAUAUGCACACUUUCAUCAGGCACACAAGCCUUAGCGCCUUCAUGGUUCUCAUGGGAGUGUUGGUGGCUUCCCUCACUUGUCUCCUUCUUGUACAGUCGAUCAACUUCAGAGAACUGCCAAGUCACAGAGCAGCUACAUGUAAAAUAUCAUGAUUGUGUGUUUUUAUGGUAAAAGCACCAAAUCAUUUCAUGUAUCAG